GUCUCCAUUUCAGUGUGACUAUCUGAAAUGGAAGGUUUUCAUGCAUUCCACCAGGAGGGGGCGCUGUGUCCAUUGACUGUGAGGAGGGGUUGAGGCCUAUACUUUCCACAGAGGGGAGGUGAGGUGGGGUCUGGCAGGCUUUCUUCUGUGACCCAGGAUGCCUACAGGGGCUUCGCGGUGGCAGGGGUCUCUGCAGGCAGCUGGGAGAGGUUGUGUCUGCUCUGGAUCCCCCUGGGUGCUAGGUGGUACCUGUCAGCCCCCCUCUCUUCUAUCAAUGCUCCAUCAUCUUUGGAUUCAUGGGGGUUUUGGCUUCAGGACCUCAGGGGGCUCUGUCUGUGCAGACAGGAGCUGGGUUUCCUGACAAUGGAGAUGACCCUGGGAGGACAAUGUAAGGAGAACUGAGGAAAUAUGGGGAGAUGCUUCCUAGGUGGGACUGAGUUCUGAGGGUGCCUGCCUUCAGGGGAUACAAGAGGGGCUCCAUGUGGAAAACUGGGUUUUUGGUUGGAUUUGAGUGCAGUAGAGAAAUCAUGUGGUAGGUGGAGGCCAGGAUUCCCGGCACCGUUUCCAGUGGAGGCUGUCCUUCCCUGUGGUGUGUCCUUGUCCCCUUGUCCAAAGUUAACUGACCUCACCAUGAGGAUUUAGUUCUGGCUCACUGGUGUUCCUCUCCUCUGGGCAGCUGUUUUGCUGCCAGUGCCACCCUGUGUUGGUGACUGAAGCUUCACCGUAGAGUGUGAAGUGAGGGUGAGAGAUGCCUGCAGCCUGUUCUCUCUGAGGAUCCCUUUGGUUCUUUUGGGUUUCACACAAAGAACAGAAGGAUUUGCUCUAUGAUGGAAACAGCUUCAUGCUCCUGGUCUCUGAAGAUGGAGGCGCUGUUACCUGCAAACAGGUGGUCACACAGCAGAAACUUUUAUGAAUUCUUGUGGCCCUGGGAAGGAAGAGGAAGAAAAGGCCUAAGGACUCAGGGUCAUUUUGGAAGAAUUCUUAGAACAAAACUUCAUACAACCUUGAUGCAAUUCCAUGACCAGUAUUAAGAAAGAGCAUCAGAUGUGUGCUCCCAGAGACGCUGUCUGUUGUUCCUCAGGGAGCAUCAGUGUUGUUUCAUUAAGAGCUCCAGAGGAUUGUAAGGUGAGGCCAAGGAGGUGAGCAUGUGAGCUCCUGCAUGUGUUUGUGGGAGUUCCGAGCAAGCUUUAGCCCAAAGAGAGGCAAGAGAGUCUGCCCCAUAGGGCUUCUGAAGGGAAAAGUCAGUGCGGCCCCCAUACCCUAUGUGAGCCGAAUGUUGGGACAUCUGUAUGGGGAUGAACACAUGUAUCCAAGCAGGAACAAUCUCACUUUGUUCUCCUUGAAGGAAGGGACUGUUCCUGAAUCUUUUCUGAGACAAAGGCGGGAGAGUUUGGCCUUUUCAACAUUUCAAAGUUGGCCUUGGAAAUAUAGCUUGUGGGUGUGGUGGGCACAGGUGAAAUAGCUUUUACCUAUGAUGGUGGGUUCUCAAGAUGCUGAUGUGAUUCCUCCACACAGUACCGAUGAGAAAGUGACGCAGAGCUGGAGGAAGAAGAGGAGGAAAUGGCAGCUUCUCAGGGACUUCUGACAGUCGAGGAUGUGGCCAUCGAUUUCUCUCCAGAGGAGUGGGAAUGUCUGGACCUCGGUCAACGGCACCUGUACAGAGAUGUGAUGUUAGAGAUCUGUAGGCACCUGGUCUCCUUGGAGUAUGUUAUCUCUAAGCCAGACCUAGUUCGCUUGUUGGAGCAAAAGACAGAUCCCUGGGAUGUGAAGGGAAUGGAGACAGUAGCCAUACAGCCAGCUCUGUCUUCUCAUGACACCCAGGGUUUGAUGCCACCAAACCCAGGCAUGGAACUUUUCUUACAAACAGCGCUGCUGGGAGAAUUUGAAAGCUCACCUGUUGGUACUUUUGAUUCAGUUAGAGGCAGUGAAGGUAAGGUGGCAUGUGAAGGGCAGGAAGGUUGUUAUGAUGCACAUGCUCCUACUGGGACUUUUAUCCGUAUGGAAAAUGUUACUGCUAAAAGAGAUCAACGAUCUAAAUCAAACUGUGAGAAACUCCACUUUAAGUCAGUACCUUUGGCAGAAAAAUAUAUUUUUGUAAGCAAAGAUCCACGUUAUUUAUUGAAACAUAGAUCUUCUCUGAAAAGAAAUUUGGAAAAUCAGGAUCAUCCUAUAGACUGUAGUACAAAUGAUGAUGCAAAACAUGAAGGUAUGCUUGGACGAAACAUUCAUACAAACAUUUAUGAACACCAGAAGUUUCAAAAUGGAGGGCAGCCCCCCCAAAGUGAUCAAAUCGGGAGAUCUAAUAGCAAGGGUUCAUCAAUCUUCAACCAACAAAUAUUUCCUCAUUGUUCUGACAUCCCUAAUGUUGACACUAAAAGGGGGGUCUUGAUCCAACCAUCAUUAAUCAAUGGGUGUGAUAAUAUAGUUAAUAUCGACCAACAUGCCAUGUGUACUAAAGUGAGCAAGGCCUUCAGCAAGAGCUGUGUAUUCAGUAAUUAUAAGAGUAUACACACUGGAACAAGAAGUGAUGCCUGCAUUGAAUCUCAGACUAACUUUGACCCAGACUCAAAUCUCAUGAAAUGUCAGGGAUCUCAAUUUUCAGAGAACCAGUCAAUAAGAAAUCAACAUAGGAAUGUCAUUUCUCAAAGCUCAGAUCUCACAACAUUUCAGAGAAUUUGCAUUCGAGAGAAAGCUUGCCAUUUUCGUGAGUGCAGCCAAGUUUUUAGCCAGGCUUCAAGACUUACUCAACAUCAGCAUCAUCCUACCAGGAAGGAAGGAUGCAAGUGUGAAGAACAUGAGAAAGUCUGUAAUCAGUCAUUAAAUCUGCAAAGAGAAAGGAAAAAGCAAACUGGAGGGAAACCUGACAAAUGUGAAGAAUCUACAUCGUGUUCAGCCUUUACUAGACAUCAUCUAAUUCAUACCACAAAGAAGCCUCACAAAUGCACAGAAUGUGGCAAAGCCUUUAGAUGGCCUUCAUGUCUUUCUGAGCAUCAGAGAAUUCAUACUGGAGAGAAGCCUUACAAAUGUACAGAGUGUGGCAAAGCCUUUAGAUGCCGUUCAUAUCUUUCUGAGCAUCAGGGAAUUCAUACUGCAGAGAAGACGUACAAAUGUACAGAAUGUGGCAAAGCCUUUCAUUGGCAUUCAUCGUUUACUAAGCAUAAGAGGUCUCAUAAUAGAGAGAAGGCUUACAAAUGUACAGAAUGUGGCAAAGGAUUUAAUCAGCAUUCUCAUCUUACUGAGCAUCUGUGGUCUCAUACUGGAGAGAGGCCUUACAAAUGUACAGAAUGUGGCAAAGGCUUUACUCGGAAUUCAAUUCUUACUGAGCAUCUGAGGUCUCAUAAUGGAGAGAGGCCUUACAAAUGUACAGAAUGUGGCAAAGGCUUUACUCAGUGUUCAUCUCUUACUCGACAUCUGAGGUCUCAUACUGGAGAGAGGCCUUACAAAUGUGCAGAAUGUGGCAAAGGCUUUAAUCGGCAUUCUCGUCUUACUAAGCAUCUGAGAUUUCAUACUGGAGCAAAGCCUUUCAAAUGUACGGAAUGUAGCAAAGCCUUUAAUAGUCAAUCUCAUCUUACUGAGCACCUGAGAUCUCAUACUGGAGAGAAGCGUCACAAAUGUACAGAUUGUGGCAAAACUUUUCGUUAUCGUUCUCGUCUUAUCGAUCAUCAGAGCUCUCAUACUGGAGAGAAGCCUCACAAAUGUACAGAAUGUGGCAAAGGCUUUAAUCAGCAUUCAUCUCUUACUCUACAUCUGAGUUCUCAUACUGGAGAGAAGCCACACAAAUGUACAGAAUGUGGCAAAGCCUUUACUUGGCAUUCAUCUCUUACUCGGCAUCUGAAUUGCCAUGCUAAAGAGAAGCCUUAUGAAUGUACAGAAUGUGGCAAGGCCUUUCAUCAGAAAUAUCAUCUUACUCAGCAUUUGAGAUCUCAUACUGGAGAGAAGCCAUACAAAUGUACAGAAUGUGGCAAAGCCUUUCAUUGGUGUUCUUACCUUACUGAACAUCUGAGGUUACAUACUGGAGAGAAGCCAUACAAAUGUACAGAAUGUGGCAAAGCCUUUCAUUGGCAUUCAUCUCUUACUCAACAUCUGAGGUUUCAUACUGGAGAGAGUCUGUACAAAUGUACAGAAUGUGGCAAAGCCUUUCAUUGGCAUUCAUCACUUACUCAACAUCUGAAAACUCAUACUGGAGCAAAUCUUCACAAAUGUACAGAAUGUGGUAAAGCCUUCAAUUGUCAUUCUCGUCUUACUCAGCAUCUGCAUUCUCAUACUGGAGAGAAGCCUUACAAAUGUACAGAAUGUGGUAAAGGCUUUAACCGGAAUUCAUCUCUUACUGAGCAUCUGAGAUCUCAUACUGGAGAGAGACCGUACAAAUGUGCAGAAUGUGGCAAAGGCUUUACUCGGCAUUCAGUUCUUACUAAACAUCUGAGGUCUCAUACUGGAGAGAGGCCAUACACAUGUACAGAAUGUGGCAAAGGCUUUAAUCAGCAUUCUCAUCUAACUAAUCAUCUGAGAUCUCAUACUGGAGAGAAGCCUUACAAAUGUACAGAAUGUGGCAAAGGCUUUAACCAGAAUUCAUCUCUUACUGUGCAUGUGAUGUCUCAUACUGGAGAGAGGCCUUACAAAUGUGCAGAAUGUGGCAAAGGCUUUACUCAGCGUUCAUCUCUUACUCAACAUCUGAGAACUCAUACUGGAGCGAAGCCUUUCAAAUGUACAGAAUGUGGCCAAGCCUUUCGUUGGCAUUUAUCUCUUAGUCGGCAUCAGAGAUCUCAUUCUGGAGAGAAGUCAUAAAAAUGUACAGAAUGUGACAAAGCCUUUAUCAGCAGUCAGGUUUUUAUCAGCAUUGGUGACCUCACACUGGAGAGAAGUCUUACAAGAUGUACAAACUGACAAAACUAUUAAGUGGCAUACAAGCUUGACUCAACAUCAGGGAAUUCAUACUGGGUAAAAACCAUACAAAUGUAAUCAAUGUGGCCAAGCCUUUACAUUUUGCCUUUUUUUUUUUUUACGGGCCUCACCUGUGACAUAAGGAGCUUCCCAGGCUAGGGGUCUAAUCAGAGCUGUAUCCACCAGCCUACACCACAGCCACAGCAAUGCAAGAUCCGAACCAAGUCUGCAACCUACAACACAGCUCACAGCAACACCGGAUACUUAACCCACUGAGCAAGGUCAGGGAUCAAAUGUGUAACCUCAUGCUUCCUUGUCAGGUUCGUUGACCACUGAGCCAUAAUGGGAACUUCUGGCCAAGCCUUUACCUAUCAAUUGUAUCUCAUUCAACAUCAGAGAGUUCAUAGAACAAGGAAGCCUUACAAAUAUAAAAAAUGCGACAGAUCCUAUAAAGAACAUUUAGUCCUUUCUAGACAUCAGGAAAUACAUACUAGGGAAAAACUUGAGAGAUGUGGAGAAUGUGACAAAGCCCUUCAUCAGAGUUUUCACCUGUCUUAACAUCAGAAAAUGUACAAUGGAGGGAAAUCUUCCCAGUGUAAUAUGUGAUGAAGGAUGUUUCUACUAAGUACACACUUUAGAGAACACCAGAGAGUUCUUACAGGAAGGAAACAUUAAUGAUGUGAAAAUUAUAGGGGAAUGUUUGUUGAAAAUCAACUCUAAUUCCAUAAAGGGAAUGCAUAGGAGAAUGAAUUCAGUCAAUAACUCUUUGGAAAUUGCUCUAACUCAGAAUUUAAACAAAUAAGCCACAUGGAGUUCCCAUCGUGGCUCAGGGUUAAUGAAUCUUACUAGGAACCAUGAGGUUGCGGGUUCGAUCCCUGGCCUUGCUCAGUGGGUUAAUGUUCCGGCAUUGCUGUGAGCUGUGGUGUAGGUUGCAGACAUGGCUCAGAUCCUGCGUUGCUGUGGCUCUGGUGUACGCCAGUGGCUACAGCUCUGAUUGGACCCCUAGUCUGGGAAUCUCCACAUGCCACGGGAGCGGCCCAAGAAAUCACAAAAAGACAAAAAAUAAAUUAAAAAGCCACAGUGGAAACACUAAAAACAUCAGUAUGGACAAGAGGAUUAAGGGGAGGAAUGUUUGGGCUGGUAUUAUUCUCAUCAGUGUAUCUCUAUGGACAUUAUCUGGGUUUAUUAGACAAAAAAAAAUGCUUGUAAUUCAAAUCUCAAAUUACUAAAUGCUAUGCGUUUUAUUCCUAGUAUGUAUGUGAAUUUUGUUUCUCAUGGUUGUGGCUUCAAAGAUAAGAGGAGCCCUUCCACAUUAGGUGAGGAAUAUUUCUAUCUAAUACUCCAUGGAAGUUUAGGGACCCUGUCAUAUAAAUGUGCAAGAAAAACCUAAAUGGAGAUGGUAUGUACGAUUGAUUUAAAAUCACCAUUUUUUAGUGUUUUGGAAAUCAUUCUUUGGAAUUAUGUAACAAGAUCACUCCACAAUUGAAAUAUCUGUUCCAACUGCUUUUUCAUGUUAAAAAGAUGUCAGUUUGUACAAAAUCUGAUAUAUCUUCAUAAAAGAAGUAGAACUCAUGCAUCUCUGUUGACAUGUUUGAAAUAAAGAUGUCGUCACAGUUAUUCAAGAAAAAUAGAGUUAACUCUUUGCUUAAUAGUUAUAAAACUAAUGUGUAUCCGUGUUCACUAAAGAAUUCGCCUCUGUUGUGUAAACCCUAGAAAUCAAAAGCCUCAGAGCAAUGUAUUUGAAGGACAAGAAUGCUUCUGAUUUCUGAUAUUCUGCAUUUUGAUCUAGGAUCAUACAGUGCAUUGUGAAAAGUUUCAUGUGCAUUAUUUGUGAAAUCAGUAUAUUUUAUUUAAUGAAACUGAAUGGUUUUUUUAACAUGGUAAAUUGAUGACUAAUUAAUGAAGUAUCACACCACUGGGAUGAAACCAUCUGACAUUACUAAAGGUUUUAGGUGACAGAUGGUAACAAUAACCUAUUUGAUUAAAAUCUAGGAUGACAUCUAUAAUUAACUCCUUUUCCCACUGGCCUCAAAACUCAAAUAUUUUUUUUGUGUGUGUCAUAAGUUGUAUAUGGUAUUUGAUUUUUUUAAGGACUGGCAUGUCAUGAUGGUUAUAAUAAGGAUUAUCAGUAGGAUUGUUGAAAACUUACCUAAACUGUGUCCUGAUAUUGCUUCAUCAGCAGUCAUUUGGUGUACCUGGGCAGCCUGCAGGUAACAUGAACUGACACACCAGCCAUUCCUGUGAGCAUAUGCACUAGAAAAAAGCUGCAAACUCAGAAGCAAAUGCAAGUUCUUCCUCUGUCUCCCUAGCAGCCCUUGUGAUCCACAGACUUCCAGACAAAUUCUGGUUCCUCUUUUCAUGGGUGCCUUCAAUAAGACUCCUCAGAGUAUGAAAAUCCUACUCAUUUGGGUUUUCAUUCAACAAUAUGCACUUGUACCAGGAAGCCCCCCACAUUUCAAUCAUUGUCCCUGAUAAAUGCAUGCACCAAAUUACUGCCGCUACCUCACCCUGCAUCUUGCUUUGGGCUUCAGACAUGGACCAGCUAUUGAAUAUUUUAGGAAAUUUGAGUCCUAAACUCAUCUACUUUUAUUUCUGUUGUUGAACCUGUGCUCCCCAUGCAUUUGUGGGUGUUCAUUUUAAAGAUGUUAAUUUGGCAAAGUCACAAGAACAAUGAACAUCCAGACUUUGAAAUUCUGAGACAAUAUUUCUAUUUGACCCAUCUUAUUUUCAUGGUUUUGUAUACAGGGAAUGCCAUAUGGAGAUAUAUGGAGAUAGAAGUAAGAAGACUACAAAGGAAGAGGGUGUGUGUACACACUUUAAAAAGAAUGUAGACAUAUUGGAUCACAAUUUUGUCUACAUUAAAUUGAAUAGAUUAUUUUCACAUCUCUUGAGACCUGGUGGGAGAUGCUUCCCAUGCAGAUCCUGUCUUUUUUGCUUGCCUAUUCAUCAUGGAAAUGAUUGACUUUUUUAUUUGUUAAAAUUCAUGAACCAUUUCAUUUAGGAUAUGCGCAGGCAUUUGCAGAAUGGUUUUCAUUAAAUGUAAUGAUAUACAGAAAUUACUUUGAAGAUGAGAG